AUGCCCAGAGCAGGUGGCCUCCCGCGGCCAAUCGGAACGCGCCUUCGCUGCGGCCGCCGCCCAAUCAACGGCCGGCAGCGGCCGGCUCUAUUGUGCGCGCGCUCCGCGGGGCUACCCCGCUCGCCGGCGCUCCCGGAGUGCCCGGCCCGCCCACCCCCCUCGGCUGUUCGGGGUUGCCGAUUGGAUGGGCUGAGGAGACGGACAGGGACGCGCCCCAAUGGACGGCAGCUCCUCCUGAGCUCGCCCUGCGGAGAGCCAAUCAGCGAGCGCGACGCUCGUGCCGGGCCGUCGGGAGCCGGGGCUGGCAGCGGUGCGCGCCGCUGCCACGUCGGACGGAGCGGCCGCGCUCGGGGCGCGGGAUGGCGGCGCGGUGAGAGCGGCGAGGCGGCGGCGAUGGCGGCGGGGCUGCUGCUGCUCGGCUCCGCCCUGCUGUGCGCGGUGCUGGGCAGCACGGGCGCGGCGCUGAUCCCCCCCGCGCCCGACGUGAAGGUGGAGGUGCUGCACAAGCCUUUCCUCUGCCACCGGCGCACCAAGUGGGGGGACUUGAUGCUGGUUCACUACGAGGGCUUCUUGGAGAGAGACGGAUCCAUGUUUCACUCGACUCACAAGCACAACAAUGGUCAACCUAUGUGGUUUACACUUGGCAUCAGGGAAGCUCUCAAAGGCUGGGACAGAGGGCUGAAGGACAUGUGUGUGGGAGAGAAGAGGAAGCUGACCAUUCCACCAGCCCUUGCUUAUGGAAAAGAAGGGAAAGGAAAAAUUCCACCUGAGAGCACAUUGAUUUUCAACAUUGACCUUCUAGAAAUAAGAAAUGGACCAAGGUCUCAUGAGUCAUUCCAAGAGAUGGAUCUUAAUGAUGAUUGGAAACUAUCCAAGCAAGAGGUGAAAAUUUACUUGAAGAAAGAAUUUGAAAAGCAUGGAGCAGUGGUGAAUGACACCCAGCAUGAUGCUUUGGUGGAAGACAUAUUUGAUAAGGAGGAUGAAGACAGUGACGGGUUUAUAUCUGCAAGGGAAUUCACGUACAAGCAUGAUGAGCUGUAGAAAGAAAAGAGUGGCAUAACUUUUUUGGACACAAAUAGCAAUGACUUAGACUGUCUGGUUCUCCUGUCAUCUUAAUUCUGUGCUUUGGAAUUGACAAUUGCUGUUGGCAAAGAAACAUUUUGUUUAUAUAAAAAAGAAUUUCUGUUUGUUAUGUACAAAUGUUUUAAACUGUUUUAAAGUGUGAAAAUGUUCCUCCUCUUACACAGCGAAGACUUGCACAUCAGUGUUUUUAAAGUUUUGUAUUAAAUUAUUUUUCAGAAAUGAAACAGACUUUCCAUUUAUCAUUCAUUAUGAAAAUCAAAAUCCAGUUCAGUGACUUUCUGUGAUGUGUGUGCCAAGAUCACUUUCAGCAGCUACCUGACAUAUUACUUGUAGUCUGUGGCUUAAUUACUUGACCUUCCUUCUUGAGUGUCACUGCUUAAAAAGCAGUUUGCUGACCUUUGGUUUUUUCCUGCAGAUUUUCAAAAGAUGUAGUAGAAGGCAUCAGCAUCUCUGUAUGGCUGAGAAACUGAUACAAAGCUGAAUGAGAAGAAUGAUUAUCAUGUGCAGAUUUUGCCCUUCUAAAGGGAGAGUGUUACCACCCAUGCCAAUAAUUGUCUGCAUUUUUCAUUAAAUUUUCUGAAGAAAGCAGGA